ACGACAUAUAAAAAUCCGGCGCGACUCCCUAAUUCUUGUCACCAUAUAAAUGAUGUGGCUAUAAUAGUUGCCAGUAUAAACGUCUCAUACUUCCUCCAUCCUUCUUCCCUACAAAGCUUGGCAAAUCUCCAUUAGUUUACUCGUAAGACAUCUCUCUCUAUCACACACACACAUUCAUAUUCUCAGCCCUGUGGGAGAAAGAUGGCUGAGCAGAAGGUUGUGGUUGAGAAUCACCAGACUCCUGCGGUCGGAGAUUUUGAUGGCUCUUCGAAGAAACCACCUCGGAGGAACAAAUACGCCAUGGCCUGUGGUAUCCUGGCUUCCAUGACUUCAGUCUUACUUGGUUAUGAUGUCGGGGUGAUGAGUGGAGCAAAUGAAUACAUCGAGAAAGACUUGCAUGUCAGCGACUCGCAGAUUGAGAUCCUCGCGGGCAUCAUCAACAUGUACUCCCUCAUUGGAUCUGCCAUGGCUGGUAGGACUUCCGACUGGGUGGGCCGCCGCUACACGAUAGUUAUCGCUGGGGCGAUCUUCUUUGCUGGGGCCCUAUUCAUGGGCUUCGCCACGAACUAUGCUUUCCUCAUGUUUGGACGCUUCGUGGCGGGGAUUGGCGUCGGCUACGCCCUCAUGAUCGCACCCGUCUACACGGCCGAGGUUGCCCCCGCUUCAUCGCGAGGCUUCCUCACCUCCUUCCCCGAGGUAUUCAUCAACACCGGUGUGUUGCUAGGGUACGUAUCAAACUACGGCUUCUCGAAGCUUCCAUUGCACCUGGGAUGGCGAUUCAUGCUCGGGGUCGGAGCCAUCCCAUCGAUACUGCUAGCUGUGGGUGUCCUUGCCAUGCCGGAGUCUCCUCGCUGGCUUGUCCUGCAGGGCCGCUUAGGUGAUGCCAAGCGGGUCCUCUACAAGACUGCGGAUACCAAGGAGGAGGCCGAGCUGAGGCUCGCCGACAUCAAGGAAGCCGCCGGCAUACCCCUGGAGUGCGAUGAGGAAACUGUGCAGGUCCCCAAGAUGAAGAGCAGUGGAUCCGGCGUGUGGAGGGAGCUGCUACUCCACCCAACACCGGCUGUUCGCCACGUGCUGAUUGCUGGCAUAGGCAUCCACUUCUUCCAGCAGGCAUCGGGGAUCGACACAGUGGUCCUGUACAGCCCACGGAUCUUCGAGAAGGCCGGGAUCACGUCAACCGACAAGAAGCUGCUCGCCACUGUGGCGGUUGGAGUCUCCAAGACCGUCUGCAUCUUGAUUUCGACUUUCUAUCUCGACCGGCUUGGGAGGCGGCCCAUUCUCCUUGCCAGCGUUGGGGGCAUGGUCUUGUCAUUGGUGACCCUCGCGUCCGUGCUCGCAGUGAUCAACAGCCACCCGGACGAGAAACUGAUGUGGGCCAUCGUCCUGUGCAUCGCCAUGGUUCUGACUUUCGUGGGUUCAUUCUCAAUGGGGCUGGGCCCGAUCGCAUGGGUCUACAGCUCAGAGAUAUUCCCGCUGAGGCUGCGAGCCCAGGGAUCGGGCAUUUGCGUGGCUGUGAACCGUUUAAUGAGUGGAAUCAACUCUAUGACCUUCCUCUCCCUCUAUAAGGCCAUAUCCAUCAGUGGGGCCUUCUUCCUCUUCGCAUCAAUAGCAGCUGCCUCCUGGGUCUUCUUCUUCACUUUGCUGCCCGAGACGCGGGGUCGGACCCUGGAGGACAUGGAAGUCCUCUUCGGAAGCUACCACCGGUGGAGAUCCGUGGCCAAGAAACUCAAGAACAAUGAGAUUAGAAGUGCCACUGGCGGAGAUGGAAAAAAUAAUGGCGAGGUCCGGUUAGCGGUUACCGGGAAAACCGAGAAUGCAGAGGGCUAAUUAAAUUAGUAAAGUGUCAUUUAGUGUAGUGCUUGCUAUGGGGGCGGGCAGGGAAAAUAAUGGUUCCUUCCGUUCAUUACUUAGUCCCACACAACACUGUGAUGCUUAAUUAGAGAUCGACAUUAUAGUAUUGCUUGAUCUCUUACCUAAGAUGGAGUGUUUUGGAAUUUUGCAACGGGGCUGUUGCUAAUAGUUUGUGUUGGGGAUGAUGUCCGUAACCUUCAAGAUCCUGUCCAUGAUCCGAUUUCCCUUUCCGACAGUCAUGUUAACUAUCUUGUAUAGUGUAUGUCUUAUUCACUUAGAGGGAUGAGAGUAUGUUCCCAUA